AUGCUUUUGAGCACUCUCUGUAAGUCCGGCAGCCGCGUGCUGCGCGGAUCUGCCCUGCGAACUGCUUCGUCCUCGUCGCGAUGCCUGUCAACAACAGCUCUUCCCAAGGGCGCCUCGGGCCGCCUCACUGCUGGCCGUCGGCCCUUGGCCCUCUCCUCCCAGAAGCGCUUCGCCAGCGCCACUGCCUCCUCGCCCGAUCCCAACGACAACUUCCUCUCCGGCAACACUGCCAACUACAUUGACGAGAUGUACAUGCAGUGGAAGGAGGACCCCAAGAGCGUCCACGUCUCGUGGCAGGCCUACUUCAAGAACAUGGAGAGCGGCGACAUGCCCAUCUCCCAGGCCUUCACCCCUCCCCCGAACCUGAUCCCUGGUGCUGCCGCCGCCGUUCCUGGCCUCGCUGCUGGCGCCGGUGUUGGCAUCGGCGAGGGCUCCGACGUGAUGAACCAUCUCAAGGUCCAGCUGCUCGUCCGUGCAUACCAGGCUCGUGGCCACCACAAGGCCAACAUCGACCCGCUUGGCAUCCGACAAGAGUCCAAGGGCUUCGGCAAUAUCAAGCCCAAGGAGCUCAACCUAGAGCACUACCAGUUCACCGAGAAGGAUCUCGACACCGAAUACUCCCUCGGUCCCGGUAUCCUGCCUCGAUUCAAGCGCGAUGGCCGCGAGAAGAUGACUCUGCGCGAGAUCAUCGCCGCUUGCGAAAAGAUCUACUGCGGCUCCUACGGUGUCGAGUUCAUCCACAUUCCCGACCGAGAGAAGUGCGACUGGCUCAGGGAACGCCUCGAGGUGCCCCAGCCCUUCAAGUACUCCAUCGACGAGAAGAGGCGCAUCCUCGACCGUCUUAUCUGGAGUUCCAGCUUUGAAGCUUUCCUCGCGACCAAGUACCCCAACGACAAGCGUUUCGGUCUCGAGGGUUGCGAAACCCUGGUUCCCGGUAUGAAGGCUCUGAUCGACCGCAGUGUCGACUACGGCGUCAAGGACAUUGUCAUCGGCAUGCCUCACCGUGGCCGUCUCAAUGUUCUCAGCAACGUUGUCAGGAAACCCAACGAGUCCAUCUUCAGCGAGUUCGCCGGUACCUCUGGCGCUGAGGAUGAGGGAUCCGGCGAUGUCAAGUACCAUCUUGGUAUGAACUUUGAACGACCCACCCCCUCCGGCAAGCGUGUCCAGCUUUCUCUCGUCGCCAACCCCUCCCAUCUCGAGGCUGAGGAUCCCGUCGUCCUGGGCAAGACCCGGGCUAUCCAACACUACAACAACGAUGAGACCACCCAUCGUAGCGCUAUGGGUGUCCUGCUGCACGGUGACGCCGCCCUUGCCGCCCAGGGUGUCGUGUACGAGUGCCUCGGAUUCCACUCCCUCCCUGCCUUCUCGACCGGUGGCACUAUCCACCUGGUCGUGAACAACCAGAUCGGUUUCACCACCGAUCCCCGCUUCGCCCGCUCUACCGCGUACUGCACCGACAUUGCCAAGGCCAUCGACGCUCCAGUUUUCCACGUCAAUGCCGACGAUGUCGAGGCCGUCAACUUCGUGUGCCAGCUCGCCUCGGACUGGCGCGCCGAGUUCCAGCAGGAUGUUAUCAUCGACCUGGUCUGCUACCGCAAGCACGGCCACAACGAGACCGACCAGCCUUCCUUCACCCAGCCGCUCAUGUACAAGCGCAUCCAGGCCCACGACCCCCAGAUCGAUAUCUAUGUCAACCAACUGCUGAAGGAGGGUACCUUCACCAAGGAGGACAUUGAGGAGCACAAGCAGUGGGUGUGGGGCAUGCUCGAGGACAGCUUCAGCAAGUCCAAGGACUAUCAACCCUCUUCCAAGGAGUGGACUACUUCGGCUUGGCACGGCUUCAAGUCGCCCAAGGAGCUGGCGACCGAAGUCCUCCCUCACAACCCCACCGGUGUGGACAAGCAGACCCUGGAGCACAUCGGCGAGGUUAUCGGCUCGGCUCCGGAGGGCUUCCAAGUCCACCGCAACCUGAAGCGUAUUCUCUCUAACCGGACCAAGUCUGUUGUCGAGGGCAAGAACAUCGAUUGGUCUACGGCCGAGGCUCUGGCCUUUGGUUCCUUGGUCACUGAGGGCCAUCACGUCCGCGUCUCUGGCCAGGAUGUUGAGCGUGGUACCUUCUCCCAGCGCCAUGCCGUCUUCCACGACCAGGAGACCGAGGAUACCUACACUCCGCUCCAGCACAUCAGCAAGGACCAGGGCAAGUUCGUCAUCUCCAACUCAUCUCUGAGUGAGUUUGGCGCCCUCGGCUUCGAGUACGGUUACUCCCUGACGUCGCCCAACGCUCUCGUCAUGUGGGAGGCUCAGUUUGGCGACUUUGCCAACAACGCACAGUGCAUCAUUGACCAGUUUGUUGCCUCGGGCGAGAUGAAGUGGAUGCAGAGGACCGGUCUUAUCAUGUCGCUGCCUCACGGUUACGAUGGUCAGGGUCCUGAGCACUCUUCGGGUCGUCUCGAGCGCUACCUUCAGCUCUGCAACGAAGACCCUCGCGUCUUCCCAUCAGAGGAUAAGCUCCCCAGACAACAUCAGGACUGCAACAUGCAGAUCGCCUACAUGACAUCGCCUGCCAACCUGUUCCAUAUCCUGCGCAGACAGAUGCACAGGCAAUUCAGGAAACCUCUAAUCAUCUUCUUCUCCAAGUCUCUGCUGAGGCAUCCUAUCGCCCGCUCCGACAUUGAGGAGUUCACUGGCGACUCUCAGUUCCACUGGAUCAUCCCUGACCCCGCUCACCAGUCGAACGAGAUCAAGGCUCCUGAGGAGAUCAGCCGCGUGAUCCUCUGCUCUGGUCAGGUUUACGCUGCCCUCGUCAAGCACCGUGCUGAGAAGAAGCUCGACGAUGUGGCUAUCACCCGUGUCGAGCAGCUUCACCCCUUCCCAUGGGAGCAGCUCCGCGAGAACCUGGACCAGUACCCCAACGCCAAGACCAUCGUCUGGGCUCAGGAGGAGCCUCUCAACGCCGGUGCAUGGAGCUUCGCACAGCCCCGUAUCGAAACCUUGUUGAACAACACCCAACACCACCACCGCAAGCACGUCAUGUACGCCGGCCGCAACCCCAGUGCUUCUGUAGCCACUGGCCUGAAGUCGUCACAUGUCAAGGAGGAGCAGGCACUGCUCGAGAUGGCUUUCUCUGUCAAGCAGGACAAGCUCAAGGGCGAGUAA